GGGGACCAGUCGCAGCCCGCCGAGAGCGAGGGCGGCAUGAUGGAUUGGGCGUCCUCUAUCGGGGUGAGGCAGGGCUACGAGGAGCUCGUGAAUGCCAUCAUUAGGCCCCCUCGCAUGAUAUACGACCCGAAGUCCGACCUGGGGCCGGCGGAAUUCUCUCAUUGGGGUGCGCGUUUUAUGCGCUCUGACAUCGAGUUGGAGAACAGCCGUGGGCUCAAGCUGCAGUGCUCGUGGUGGAAGUUCCAUCCGGAGGACACCCCGGCUGCGCAGCUGCCCUGCGUCAUCUACCUGCACG